CAGCAGCGUCUGGUAUAAAGCAGAGCGUAGCAGGUUUGCAGGCAGACCCCGACAACAUGUGCGUUAUAUGAUCACAGCAACUUUAAAUCUGGAGCAAUGAAGGCAUUUUUGAAAAUCUCUCUUUGGCUGUCAUGUUUUCUUCUGCACCAUACUGUUUGUUCAGCAGGGUCGACUGGGAGAUGCAGCCUAUUUGGACGACAUCAUGUCCACACCUUUGAUGGUGUUUUGUACCAGUUUCCUGGAGACUGCAGUUACCUUCUGGCUGGUGACUGCAAGCGCCGCUCCUUCACACUGAUGGCUGAUUUCAUUGAUGGCAAAAGAACUGGGGUGACCCUUUUUCUGGGCGACGCUUUUGAGCUUCACCUAUCUGUGAACGGCCUGCUGACGCAAGGAGAGAAGAUGUUGUCUCUCCCUUAUGCAUCACAUUCUGUGUUUGCUGGGAUGGAGCUGGGCUAUUACAAGCUUUGGAGUGAGGAGUUUGGCUUCAGUGUUAGCAUUGACAAUGGCGCCAACAUCGCCCUGACCAUGAGCAAAGAGCAUGCGAACCUCACGUGCGGCCUCUGUGGCAACUUCAACUCCGAGCCAGCUGAUGAGUACACAGCUCAGGAAGGAUUCCUCACGGAGGACAGUUAUGACUUUGCAAAUUCAUGGGCGGCAAAGGGCACCGGUGAAGUCUGCCGGCGUGUUUCCACUCCCAGCCGUUCAUGCAACACCUCCAAAGAGACAUCGACGAUCCUGUCUGCCUGUAGUGUCCUGCAGACCUCCUCCUUGUUCCUGCAAUGUGCCCACCUGGUGUCUGUGGAUGCCUUUCUGUUGUUGUGUCAGGAAGAGGCCUGUGUGUGCGACCAGGCCACGGGAGAAGAUUGCUACUGUCCAAUCCUAUUGGAGUUCGCCCGCACAUGUCAAGCGCAUGGAGUCAUGUUGCGUAACUGGAUGGAGGAGAGUCAGUGCUUCCCCAGGUGUCCAAUUGGGAUGCAGUACAGUGAAUGCACACGGGCUUGUUCAACACAGUGUCACAGUCUAAACAUCCAGGAGAUCUGCAAGGAGGAGUGUGUGGAUGGCUGCACAUGCCCUGUGGGGAAGGUUUUGGACGGAAAUCGCUGUGUGGAGGUUUCCCAAUGCUCCUGCGUACACAUGGGACGCCACUUCCCACCGGGAGCGUCCAUCUCGCAGGACUGCAACACCUGUGUGUGUCGUCAUGGCUCUUGGGAAUGCACCAACGAAGACUGCCCCGGCGAGUGCAUGGUGGUGGGACAGUCUCACUUCAAGACCUUUGACAACAAGUUUUUCACUUUCACGGGACAAUGUCAGUUCCUUCUGUCCAGAGACUGCACUGAUCAGGAGUUUUCCAUCAUAAUUGAGAAUGUUCAGUGUGCGGAUGACCAGGAUGCUGUCUGCACACGCUCAGUGACAGUCAGCUUGCCCACCCUAGACAACAUGACAGUGAGGCUAAAGCAUGGAGGUGUGGUCUCUGUAAAUGGCAUGGACAUUCAAACGCCAAUGUUUCAUGGUCAGCUGCACAUCCAAAGAUCUGUCCAGUCUUCAGUGCAUUUGAAGCUCAGAGACAGCCUUCAGCUGAACUGGGAUGGGAGGGGUCGUGUGCUCUUAAAGCUGGAGCCGAAGUGGGCUGGGAAGACGUGCGGCCUCUGCGGAAACUACAACGGCAACCAAGGUGACGACUUCUUGACUGGAUCAGGACUGAUCGAGUCGAGCCCUCAGACUUUCGGUCAUGCAUGGAGAAUCAAUGGAGACUGCCAGUCUGCCGUCAAACCUGAUACAGAUCCAUGUUCCAUCAACCCCAAAAGAGUGCGGUUUGCUGAAGAGGGCUGUUCAGCGAUGAUGUCGGAGAUCUUCAGUCCAUGUCACUUUCUGGUGAACCCCAGUCCCUUCCACCGGAUCUGUCGUUACGAUGUCUGUGCCUGUGAGGAUGGUGAGGAGUGUUUGUGUUCCACUUUGGCCUCAUACGCCGCUGCCUGCGCUGCUAAAGGAGUGAUGCUCCGCUGGAGGUCACCUUCACUCUGCGAGAUGGAAUGUCCUAGCGGUCAAGUCUAUGAAGCCUGUGGAAACAUCUGUGACCGAUCAUGUCGGUCUCUGUCUGGAGCCGAGUCUGGUUGCCAGUACGAGCGUGAUGUGUGUGAGGAGGGCUGCGUCUGCCCGGCUGGAAAAUACCUGAGCGACUCUGGAGAGUGUGUGACGGCCGACCGGUGCACCUGUCUGCAUGACGGACAGCUCUACCAGCCCAACGACGUCUACGCCGAACGCAACAGCGUCUGCUACUGUGAGAAUGGUGCGAUGCGCUGCAGCUCCACCGAAAUGAGCAGUCUAAUGUCAGACUUCUUCUAUGAUGACGACACUGCUCCAGCAAGAGAACGACGGGCGGCCUCGUGCUAUCCACCUCUAGUUCGUGCAGAUUGUGAACGUGGAGGAUCUGGUCUGGAGUGUGCCAGAGACUGUCGGAACCUGGACCUUCCUUGUGUCUCUCAGGCGUGCAUCCCUGGCUGUCUCUGUCCGCCCGGCACAGUACGUCACGGUGAGGACUGCAUCCAGCCCGAACAGUGUCCCUGUUACCUUCACAACAAGCCCUAUGUAUCAGGGCAGAGCGUAACUGUAGACUGCAACACCUGCAUGUGCGAAAAAAGGAAGUGGCAGUGCACGAACAAACCAUGCGAUGGCGUGUGCCGCACUGUGGGGGAGGGGCAUUACAUCACAUUUGAUGGCCUGAAGUACUCGUUCCCUGGUCUCUGCCAGUAUGUUCUGGUUCAGGAUAUGUGCAAUGGAGAGGAGGGACUGUUCAGAGUAUUGGUGGAAAAUGAGGCCUGUGGAAUUGUGGGGCAUCGAUGUGCCAAAGCAAUAACAGUCUACUAUCAUGGUGGGAUGAUUGUGAUGCAGCAUGGAGAGGUGAAGAUGAAGCGUCCAGUGCCUCUGACUGCCAAAGUUGAGAUCAUUCGAUCGGGUCAAUUUUACACCGUGUUGCUGGGAAAACAUAUCUCGCUCAGCUGGGACCGUGGAACCAACGUAGUGGUCCACAUCUCCGCCUCGUACCGAGGCCGUGUGUGUGGACUCUGCGGCAACUUUGAUGGAAACAUCAACAAUGACUUAGUGAGCAGCAACAAUCAACUGGAGGUGGACUCUUCUCACUUUGGCAAUUCUUGGAAAGUGAAUCCUAGCUGCGCUGACGUGACUGAGAUACCUGCUCCCUGUGCUGAAGACAUCGUCAAACUGGUGACAGUGGAGCAGUCGUGUCGUCUUCUCACCGGGCCUGUCUUUAAAGCCUGUAACAGUCAGGUGGAUCCAGAACGUUAUGUGGGGAUGUGUGUGGAAGCGGCUUGCUCUUGUCACUCAGUGGGCGACUGCGCAUGUUUUUGUGAUGUCAUCGCUGCCUACGCUCAGGCCUGUUUGGAGAAGAGCAUAUCUCUCACAUGGAGAUCCAAUGAACUUUGCCCUAUGAGCUGUGAGGAGUUGAACCCAAAGCUGGCAGCUGCAGGGGAGGAGUUAUGCCAGUGGAGGUAUAAUGCCUGUGGUCCAGCAUGUCCAAUCACCUGUCAGCACCCAGAACCCAUCCGCUGUUCCCACACCUGUGUGGAAGGUUGCCAUGCCUACUGUCCUCCAGGCCAGUUGUUGGAUGAGGUGACCAUGAGCUGUGUGGAUCCCUCCCAGUGUCAGGUGUGUGUUCAUGAGGGUCAGAGAGUCUCUCAUGACAGUCGAGUCAUUCUCAACCACGACGACCCCAACCACUGCAAAAUAUGUCACUGCAACAACAACACCUUGAGUUGCGAGGACUGCGCCUCAAUCACCGCCAUCACCACUCCAUCACCAGUAUUUUCCACCAUGCCAUCAUUCACAACUCAAAUGCCAGAGGGCACCUGCGAUCGUGCCAUGGACCUGGCGUUUCUUCUGGAUGGUUCCGCGGCCCUCAGUGAAGAUGGAUUCCAGGCUGCCAAGAAGUUCAUUCUCAGGGUGGUUGACCGGUUCCGCAUGGGUUCCGCUCACACCCGAGCCACCGUGCUGCUUUAUCACUCUGGAGUAAAAACAGACAACCUGCAGGUCCAAAAGUGGCUCUUCAAGAAGAUUGUGCGUGAACUUCAUUACGCUGGAGGAGACGCAGCCUUCUUGGACGAGGCCAUCAAGUAUCUGGUUUUCAACAUCUACGACAAGAACAAGCGUAAACACGCAGGCCGGAUUGCCAUCAUCCUCACUGGCAGUGCCAACCCUCGGCCGGUGAACAAAAUGGUCAUGAGGAUCCAGAAAGCAUCUGUCACCACCCUAACCGUAGCUCUCGGUCCUGGGGUGGAUAUCGCACAGAUAAAUGAAAUUACCAAGGCAAACCCAAACAAUAGAGUGUAUGUGUUGAGCAGUACACGGGAGCUGAGUGAUGGGCUUCCGGAAAUGAUUGAUUAUCUCUGUGGUUUGGGACUGGAGCCCAUUGCACCGACUCUGCCCGCACAGAGGACACCCUCAACUCCACAACCUCCUCAUGUGGAGCCAAAUGUCGAACAUCCAAGCGCUCGUUCUCCAACCACACCAGGAUUCCUACCUCCCACCGUCAACCCAUCAACUCCCACCGAAGAAAUCACGUUCAUCAUUGAAGGUUCUGACUCAGUCGGUCAGGAAAAUUUUAACAAGACUAUCCUUUUUCUGGAGAAAGUUAUCACCCGGCUGGCAGACAGAGAGAAGUUAACCCAUAUCACCAUUAUCCAGUAUUCAAUGAACAUAACCAUCGAGAUCAACCAGUGGGAAUUGUGGAAGCAAAAGCAGCUGCUGAGGGAGCGGCUGAAGAAGGUCCCUUGGAGAGGUGGUAGUGAGACAAACACAUGGUCUGCCAUAUCAAAAGUAGUCAAACGUCCACGUCAGCCGAUCACUCCUCAGCUCGUCUUCCUGGUGACAGAGAACCCACCAACUGACACUGUGACUCGGCCACCAUUCACAAGCAAGUUUACGCACGUGUAUCCAAUCGGUGUGGGACCGAGAGUACGACAGACUGACCUCACGCCCUUCAGCUACCCUCAGUCUCCACUGAUCAUCAAGGACUACAGCCAACUGUCGACUAUUGUCCAACAAGUGAUCAAUAUCACACACACAACUUUCCAACCUCUGUUCCCAACUCUUCGGCCGGCAGUGGUACCAACACUGUCCAACCUACCACCUUCAGUACCGUGCAAGAAGCCCGUAGACGUCAUGUUCCUCCUAAGAGCUGGCGAGCCAUUUGAGGACAUGAAGACGUUUGUCCAAUCUUACAUCAAAUCUGCCGACAUUGGACCAAAAGGCACCCACAUCGGAGUGAUUCAGUACGGAGAUUCAAACACUGCCGAGCUCUCUUGGAAAGAAGAACAGAGCACGUCACGUCUUCUGGACCUGGUGAACCGAAUACCGAACAGGAAGGCGGCAGCAUCCGCUCUUGGCUCUGCUCUGAGGUUUGCUGUUCGCGCGGCAAUUUCGCUGGUCAGCGGUGGGAGAGUGGGUGUAGCCAAAGUGGUGGUGAUGCUUGUGACUGACAAGUCUGCUGAUGAUGUCCAGGAAGCAGCUAAUGAGGCUCUGGCAGCAGGUGUUUCAGUGUUUCCUGUUGGGAUUGGACAGAACUACGACCAUAAUGAGCUCAGACUUCUUGAUCCCAGUGGACAAAACACCCUGCACUUGACCAGCAUGGAUCAGCUCCUGAUGCUUCUCACACUGGACCGCAGCUACACUGAGAAAAUCUGCAGAGCUGGUCCACGAGGUGUGUGUAUGGACGAUCACGGAAAUGCAAGACAACCUGGUGAGUCCUGGUUGCUGGAGGAUGGAUGUCACUUAGUCUUGUGCCAUCCCAGCGGAGAAGUGACGAUGCAGAAUCACAAGAUCAGCUGUGACAGACUUGCACCACCAACCUGCCGAAACCACGUGCCAGCUGUCAAAGUGCAGGACGCAUGUAGCUGCCGCUGGGAGUGCCCCUGCAUCUGUAUGGGCAGCUCCACCAAUCACGUUGUGAGAUUUGACAGCUUGGCACUUCGGCUGGAUGUGGACAGCUCUUGCUCUUACACCCUCCUCAGUGUCAACAGAGGUGUCAGCGAAGGGUUGGAGGUCAAGCUCCACAGUGGUCCAUGUCAAGACUCAUCAAAUUACAACCAGGUCUGCAUGAAAGCCAUGGAGGUCACUUAUGGAGCUCGCAAGCUGCUGCUGAAGGAUGACGUGACGGUGUUCAUAGGUGAGGAGAAGCUGUCGCUGCCUUGGCGACAUGACGGUCUGGAGCUCGUGUGCUUCGGAGGCGUGAUGCUGCAGCUGAAAAUAGAUGACAGCUACAUCCUGUCAUUCACUCCUCAGAGUAACGAGUUUACCAUCACAUUACAUGGUUCAGCCACGACUCGGCACUCAUCUGGGCUCUGCGGAGCCUGUGGUGAGGAGGCAGCAAAUGUUCUGACUCUGCGUAACGGCAGCCCAGCCGCUAAUCAGCUCGCCUUCAUCUCUGACUGGACUGCAGCCAAAGACGGUGGCGCGUGUGCGUUCAGACAAGGGGUCGAGUGUGUGUCCUCCAUUUCAAUGGGAUGUCAGGCCCUACGCUCAGAGAUAUUCAAGCCAUGCCACGCACACAUACCAGUGCAGAGCGUUCUGGACAAGUGUGAAGAGCAAGCGUGUUCGGAAUCAGAUGUGUGUGAGCUGAUUUCUGCCUACGCACAUUUGUGUAGACAGAGCGGCGUGUGUGUCAACUGGAGGAGCCCCCACCUCUGCCCAUUAAAGUGCCCAUCCUCCAUGGAGUAUCAUGCAUGUCGCACCGGGUGUGUGGAGGACUGUGGAACCCUUCAAAAGUUGGCUGCUGACCGGCCAGUUACCAGAGAGAACGAGACGUCCUGUAUGACCACACCUACUGAAGGUUGCUUCUGUCCGGAGGGGAAAGUUGUGCGUCAGGGAGAGUGUGUAUCACCGGAGGCAUGUGGCCAGUGUGUGGACAGUCGUGGACGCUCAUAUAAGUACUUACAGACCUGGGUUCCGAGUGAAAAUCCUUGUAUGAUAUGUAUGUGCCUGGACCAAGAGCGUAUCAACUGCACUGGAAGACCCUGUGAUGAUGUAAAGGCUCCAAAAUGUGGACCCUGUCAGACCCUAAGGGAAAAGAGAGGCUUCAAGUGCUGUCCAGAAUAUGAGUGUGUGUGCGAUCGUGUCAAGUGUGCGAGCCCUGAGGUUCCUCCCUGUGAAGACGGUCAGAUAGCGCUCCUGAAAAACCCUGGAGAAUGUCAACCUGCGCGUGAGUGCGUUUGCAAAAAGGAGUUAUGUUCCCGUCUGCCGCCACCUGCGUGCCCGGCUCAUCGACAGCUCUCGGUGAAAAAGACCAAGUGCUGUGACGUUUACGAGUGUGUAUGUAACUGCGUGAACAUCACACGAACCUGCCAGCUUGGCUUCACCACGUCACUGCUAACAGAUGACUGCGGCUGCACAGAGAUCAAGUGCCUGCCGGACAAGGUUUGUGUGGUAGACGGUGCCGUGCAUCCAGUUGGCAGCGAGUGGGAACAGGGUUGUGAGAAAUGCAAGUGCAUCCAACAGCAGGGCCUAUACGCAUCAGUUUACAUCGCCCGGUGCUCUCCACCUGUCUGUCAGCGCUCCUGCCCACUGGGGUCCACGUACACACUAACAAAAGGAGAAUGCUGUGGAAAGUGUGUCCCAAGUAGCUGCGUGGAGUCAAGAGGAGUUAUGCUGUUCGGAGGGAAACUCAGACAAGUGGGCGAGGUAUGGCAGUCUCCACGUGACAAGUGUGUGUUGAACAAGUGCGUAAGAGUCAACGAUGAAGUAUUAAUCACCGCCUCAAAUGUGAGCUGCUCCGCUCUGGACACUCCGUCCUGCCCUCUGGGCUCUGAGUUACGCUGCGUUACACGAGACUGCUGCCCUCUCUGCUACUGUGCACCGCUGGAUGUCUGCGUGCUGAACCACACGAUCAUUGGUGCGGGGGAGAAGAUGAUGAUAGACGCUUGUACACACUGUGAAUGUCUGGUGAAAAACCCUGUGCUGAAGGAGUAUAAAUUGACCUGCACAAUACUGGAUUGUCCCACUUGUCAAAUGGGCUACGCUCUGCAGAAGGAGGAGGGGGCUUGCUGCGGCCGCUGUGUUCCGUCUUCCUGCUACAUGAGGAAGCCAGAUGGGACACUCUUCACUCUCAAGGUGAACACUACGGUGGAGGACGGCUGCACCAUGUACACGUGUGGUGUGAACAGUAAAGGGGAGCUCAGCUUGAAGAUCAAAGAGACAUCCUGCCCUACUUUUAACCGACAAAAGUGCCUGGACGAUGGGGGCGCCAUCAGACAGAUGGAAAGUACCUGCUGUGAGAUGUGUGAGGAGCCGCCAUGCAGGAGAUCAUUGGGAACUCUUAACUUUGUGAGAGUGGGCGAUUGCCAAUCUGAGCGUCAGAUCGAACUGUACUACUGUGAGGGCAAAUGUCGCAGUAAGUCCAUCUACUCCCUGGAGAGAGCUGCCGUAGAGCAGGAGUGUGUGUGCUGUGCUGCGACGGCGACAGAGCCGCUGAGCGUCCCCAUUCUGUGUGCGAACGGCACCCAGACCCACCUCACCGUUCUGUCUGUGACGUCCUGCGACUGUCUGUCGAAACAAUGCACCUAGACGCAAACCUGCACUUAUGUAUCACUGCUGAAUUUGAUUUUUAUAUCCAUCAAACUAUGUAAAUGUAUAUAUGUUUGUGCCCUCAUGCUUUUACUGUAUAUUUGGGUAUGAAUAGAAAAGGUUGACUGAAGGUUGAUUCCUUUUGUUAAUUGAUGGGAAAAUAACAAAGGUCACUCACAAAAAACUCAUUAAUUUAAUUCAACAUUUAUGGGUUUGAGUUGGAAGAGUUUGACUGUUAAAGGGGCUGUCGCAGUGGGUGAAACA